CAGACGGGAGAUGACACACGUGGACGUGCGUAGCGCAGCAGGGGCGGACUUUGCUCCGUCUACAGCCGCUCUUCAGGCUUCUCUGGGCGGAUAGGGCUGAUCCCACCCGCGGUCCUGUGGUGUCCCUGGGCCGGGUCAUGAGUUUUGGGGGGUGGAUCUCUCGCGCUAAAGUCCUCGCUGGUUUCCUGUCCGCCUCAGCCUCCGUAAAACACGCGUGUCUCCAGCCCCACAGAGCCGCUAGCAUCAUGGCAGAGGAGGCGAAGAAACUGGCCGCGUACGCUGCUGUGGAUAACCAUGUACAGAAUAACCAGGUGGUGGGAGUAGGCAGUGGCUCCACCAUCGUCUAUGCUGUGGACAGACUGGCGGACAGAGUGCGUCAGGAGAAGCUCAACAUCAUCUGUGUCCCCACUUCAUUCCAGGCUCGUCAAUUGAUUUUGCAGCAUGGCCUCACUCUGUCAGAUCUGGACCGGCAUCCAGAGCUCGAUGUGGCGAUUGACGGGGCAGACGAAGUGGACUCUGAUCUCACACUGAUCAAAGGUGGAGGCGGCUGUUUGACUCAGGAGAAGAUUGUGGCUGGUGCUGCAAAACGUUUUGUGGUUAUUGCUGACUUCAGAAAGGACUCCAAAGCUCUGGGAGAGCAGUGGAAGAAGGGUGUUCCCAUUGAGGUCAUCCCCAUGGCGUACGUCCCUGUCUCCAGGACUAUAACCCGGAGAUUUGGGGGUGAGGUCAACCUGCGUAUGGCUGUCAGCAAAGCAGGUCCAGUUGUGACAGACAACAGUAACUUCAUCUUGGACUGGAAAUUUGAACAGGCUCAAAACUGGAAAGAGGUCAACACGGCCAUCAAAAUGAUUCCAGGAGUUGUGGACACUGGGCUGUUCGUGGGCAUGGCUGAGCGGGCGUACUUUGGGAUGGAGGAUGGCAGUGUUAAGAUGCGAGAUGCUGUGAUGCACUGAGUGGUUUGCCUGAGUAAUUUCUUUCUUCAGAGACCUCUUCUUCCUCAAGUGACCUUCCCUGAUUUAAAUCCCAAAACAUGUCCAGGCAAACUCCACACGUUAGCGAAUAACUGGACAAAACAACAACUGAUUUUGGAAGUGCCUGAGAAUUCAAAUCAAGCCUUUUUUUUGGUCAAACUACAGAAACUGUUCUUGCUUCGAAGGAAUACAGCCGCACUGUCUGAAGACCUGUGGUAUGCCUUAAAUCCAAAUUGCAGUAUUUUAAUUUUAAGAUUGAUAAAUAUUUAAUUCAAUGUAAUUGUGAAAUCCUAUUCUUCACUGUGGACAGAAAGGGGUGUUCUCAUCAACUCUGUACUCAACCAUACCUAGAGAAAUACACUAUUGUAACAACCAUUCAACAGACCAGUAACCAGUAAUCAAAAACUUGUAAUGUUAUUCACAAAUCCCACCAUGUACGCUCCCUAUUAUGAUUUGUGCCUUUACAACAUGACAACACGAAUCUGUGGUGCCAUUUCGUCUCUUGUUAAAGGUGCAAUGUGUAACUUUUCUAGUGGAAGUUCUGCCAUCUGCUUGUCUCCUUGGAGAUAACAUUCCUUUGUCUGGUCCCAUUACGGCAUUAAGCAAAACCGUCUUCCAUUAACUCAAUAACGUGGGUUUUUCAUUGACCUAAAAGCUUGCAUUCUCAUUGUGAGUGGGCUCACCUUCCCGCUGAUCUGACUUGUAACUUGGACCUGCUGUCCCCAUAGAGAUAAAUAAGUGUGAUUCUGUACUGUGGAACAUUCCAGGAAACCUCUCUAUUGAGAGAAGCAGGUGACAGACCCUCCACCAGAAAAGUUACACAGUGCACCUUUAAAUUUAUUUUUUCUUAAGGUGCUGUAUUUUUUGUUUAGACCGCCAGUCUAAAUGAAAUAUUGACUGUCUGUUUUGUCACUGUAAUUGAAUUGUUCUGUCCUGCAUGUUUUUCACCAGCAUUCCUUCAAUAGUGUCUGCCAAUAUGACUGUGAAUGUGGUUUUACUGUGACAGUACAUUUUUAUUUGCCCUUAAAUACAGAAUCACAAACAAAAACUA